UGUUGCCCUGGGUGCAGAGUGCAGGCACGAUAGCGGCAGGUGACAAAAGCUCAGCUCCAGGAGCAGCCUCCAGACGUUCCCCAGCCUCUGCCCAAAAAUGCCGAAGCUCUUGCAGCCCCUGUCGCUCCUGCUCCUGCUCGUCCUCGCUUCCACCGCCCAGGGACAGACUGGCACGGGCCCCAAGGUGCUGCAGCCGUGGCUCAUUGGCCUGACCGCCGUCGUCGUCUUCCUCUUCGUUGUCUUCGUCGUGCUGCUCAUUAACCGGCUCUGGAGUCUCAGGAAGAAGAGGAAGGAGAACGGCCACCAGGAGACCCUGGAGACUGACAGGCUGGAGCGCUCCGGCCACGUCAACCCGGCUGCUGAGGACUGGGAAGAGCUGAAGGACGACAGGGAGCAGAGCAAGCCCGUGGCCACGUCGCUCUGAGUGCCCCCGC